AUGUCUCCGGCUGCGGUUGUUACGGAGGAGGAAGGGCUGAGCAAACUGUCAUCGACGGUGGUUUCUGCUUCUGCACAAUCCUUAGAUCGAUUCUCUCAGAAUGGUGUUGUUGAUUUAAAGGAACGGAAUUAUCUGGGAUUGUCUGAUUGUUCAUCAGUGGACAGUUGUGAUUCAACUCUCCCAAGCUUGUGUUGUGAGAAAAAGGGGAAUUUGAAUUUGAAGGCUACUGAGUUGAGGUUGGGUCUUCCAGGAUCUCAAUCACCUGAAAGGGAUUCAGAUUUUUACUCAACAAAGCUUGAUGAGAAACCACUGUUCCCUUUGCUUCCUGCUAAAGAUGGAAUGCAGAAAACUGUUGUUUCGGGCAACAAGAGAGGGUUUGCUGAUACCGUGGAUGGGUUUUCUCAGGGGAAGUUUAAUGUUAAUACAGGGAUUAACGUGAUGUUAUCGCCUAGAGCACAGCCUAAUACAGCGAAAGAAAUGCCAAGUAAGGUGUUGCAGGAAAGGCCUUGUGCUGCCAGAGGAACUGGACUUAAUCAUGCAGGUGCUGCAUCUAUCGGUGCACAGGCACCAGCUUCUAAGGCACAAGUUGUUGGUUGGCCUCCUAUAAGGUCAUUUAGGAAAAACUCCAUGGCCACUGCUUCCAAGAACAACAACGAUGAAGUGGAUGGAAAACCAGGUCCCACUGCACUCUUUGUGAAGGUCAGUAUGGAUGGUGCUCCCUAUCUUAGGAAGGUUGAUCUAAGAACGUAUACAGCAUAUCAGGAACUAUCCUCUGCCCUUGAGAAAAUGUUCAGCUGCUUUACCCUAGGUCAGUGUGGUUCCCACGGAGCUCCAGGAAGAGAAAUGUUGAGUGAGAGCAAGCUAAGGGACCUUUUGCAUGGUUCAGAAUAUGUUCUCACCUAUGAAGAUAAAGAUGGAGACUGGAUGCUUGUAGGGGAUGUACCAUGGGAAAUGUUCAUUGACACUUGCAGAAGGCUGAAAAUCAUGAAGGGUUCUGAUGCCAUUGGCUUAGCUCCGAGGGCCAUGGAAAAGUCCAAAAGCAGGAAUUAG